CACCGCCCAUGCUGUCCUCAACGGCCCGGCGUCCAUCGCAUCCUGGCAUCCGUUGGGCCUGCCUAGCUGCCAACCCAACCUCGCGUGCGCCGCGCGUGGGCAGCAGCGUCGCAAUGGAGCAUGCGCAGCCGGCGCCUCCAUCGUCGUGACCCACCUCACCCUCGCGGCCAGUGCCCCAUGCUCGCACUGCUGCUCCUCGCAUUCCUGCCGCUCAUCCACUCUCGGCCCCUGCUCUCCUCGCAGCCGCGCAGCAGCUACGCGCAUGCGCAGCACAGCCAUGCGCGCAGCAGCGACCUCUUCGAGCCUGCUCAGCCGCCGCUGCUUGAUCUCGCGGCCAGCAGCUCGGCGGCGCUGGCGGCGCGCAGCCUGAACUUCUCGGCGUCCGUCGGCGGGGCCAGCAGUGGCGUUGCGCUGGCCGUGCAGAACGAGACGGCAUCAAGCCUCGAUGCAGUCAUCUCGGCAUAUGCGCUCGACCCGACACCAUGGACGUGGACCUUUCCCACCUCUGCUCCCGCACCCUUGCGGCGCAAAGCCUAUUCGCAGGACGCCGCCACGCUCUCCGACUCGGCGAGCUUCACGAGCAGCUGGCUGGCCUCGUCGCUGAAUCUCUACAGCGGAAGGGUGCUGGUGGGUGCGCAGAACCUCGACUUUGUCUCGAUGCCGAGCGCCGAUGGCGGAGCAAUGACGACGGCGCUCAAGGUCUCCUAUCCCGACGGCUCCUACGUGCCCUCUGCUGCCCACUCCAGCUCGCGCAGGCGCGCAGCGGCAGCGUCCAACGCACCCAUCGGUGGCACCUCUUUCUAUCCGCAGCCCUUCGCACUAGCGCCCAACUCCACGUCCAGCGUCGCAGUAGGCGGCGGUGAUGCCAGUCGCGCGGCACAUCUGCUGCGCUACACCAUCACCGUGCCCAGUGACUUUGCCUUCGUAAAGGGCGGCAAGCUGCCGGGCCUCUACAGCUCCGUCGGCACGCAGGAUGCGUCGGGCUCAUGGGACGCAAACACCGAUGCUUGCAGCGGCGGCGCCCGCAACGGCGUCGGCGAGAGCUGCUGGAGCGCUCGGCUCAUGUGGCGGGAGGGUGGCGCUGGAGAAGUGUACGCUUACUUUCCGACUGCCAAGUCGGGCGCCUAUGACCCUUGUGCCCCACGCUCCACCAUGGUCUGCAACGACGCAUAUGGCACCUCGAUCGGCCGCGGCUCCUUUUCUCUGGUGCCGGGCUCCUCACUUACCAUCACCCUGCUCGUCCAGCUCAACAGCGAUCCGACCAUUGCGAACGGCCGCAUUGCGCUCUGGGCCGACGAUAAGCUCGUGGUCAACGAAGAGGGCCUGCUGCUGCGCAGCGGCACUGUGCCCACGACACGCACUGGCAAGGGCGGCGGCAGUAGCGAUACUGCUGCGGGCGCCGUCACGCCGAGUGGCUCGGCGCAGUGGGUCGACAAGGUCUUCUUUUCCUCCUUCUUCGGCGGCUCCACGCCCGACUUUGCCGCACAGGGCAAUAUGUCGCUGUACUUCUCCGACUUCUCCCUGCAUUCCGGCUCACAAGCGUCCACCUCGUCUGGCCCGAGCGUCUCGGCGUCGAGCAGCAGCGUCAAGCUGCCCUCUCCCCAGCGUGUCUGGCUCGCAAGCUUCGUUGCGUCGCUGCUUCUCUUCCUUCUCGCCCAGUGAGGGGCUCGUCCAUACAGGUACUGUCGUCAUGUCAUUGCCGCAAGGUAUAGAAAGUCC